AUGACAACCACAAAUGGCCGUGACGGCUGCAAAUAUGAAAGAAUACAAUCACAGGUCGAGAAUCCAUUCUCAGGCUUGAUCCCAGACCAGCAGAUUGCAGUGAUACCAUCCUUCACUCUCGAGUCUGGCGUGACAUUACAAAAUGUCCCUGUCGCGUACACCACCAAGGGAAAACUGUCUCCAUCCGGAAACAACGCCAUGGUGAUAUGUCAUGCUCUGACCGGCAGUGCUGAUGUAGGUGACUGGUGGGGGCCGUUACUGGGUGGGAACGGGCGUGCGUUUGAUGUGUCUCGCUUCUUCGUGGUCUGCAUGAACAGCUUGGGCAGUCCGUAUGGCACCGCCAGUCCAGUGACCGCCAAGGAUGGAGACAGCAGCAAUGAAAGAUAUGGGCCUGAGUUUCCUCUGACCACAAUACGUGACGAUGUUCGGCUUCACCGGCUGCUUCUGGAGGACCUGGGGGUCAAACAGGUCGCUGCCGUCGUCGGUGGCUCCAUGGGUGGAAUGCUGGUGCUCGAGUGGGCCUACUUUGGCAAAGACUAUGUUCGUUCUAUCGUGCCCAUCGCAACAUCCAGCCGGCACAGCGCAUGGUGCAUCAGCUGGGGUGAGGCACAGAGGCAGAGCAUCUACGCCGAUCCCAAGUAUAAUGACGGCUACUACUCCUUCGACGACCCGCCUUCCACAGGUCUUGGGGCAGCGAGGAUGUCCGCGCUCUUGACUUAUCGUAGUCGCAACUCAUUCGAGUCUCGUUUCGGCCGGAACACUCCCGAUCCUUCAAGGCGCCAGACAAUCCGUGAAAGAUCUCGGCCCAGCACCCCCUCGGAAGCUCACUUCAAUAUACACAAUGAUGGGCACAAGAUCAAUCGACCCGCCAACUCAAGAAGGACAAGCCAGACACCGCGGGCGAGUGAGGCCAGCAGCCCAGCAGCACCAGGAGCUGACGGUGCGGCCGAGCAGGCAUUGGAUCCUCAGUUCCAUGGCCCAAGGCAGGAGAGUCUCGCAGGAGGGGAGAACGUGCCCAGCUCGACGUACUUCUCCGCCCAGUCCUAUCUGAGGUACCAAGGAGGGAAAUUCGUCAAGCGUUUUGACAGCAACUGUUACAUCGCCAUAACGAGGAAGUUGGACACCCACGACGUGUCCCGUGACCGUGCUCCGACCGUUGCGGAAGCCCUCGCCCUUAUCGAACAGCCGGCUCUGGUCCUGGGCAUCGAGAGCGACGGUCUGUUCACCUUUGCCGAGCAGCAGGAGCUGGCUGAGCAUAUCAGAAACGCCAGGCUCGGGAAGAUCGAGAGCCCUGAGGGUCACGAUGCAUUCCUGCUCCAGUUCGAGCAGGUCAACAAGUACAUCCUGGAGUUCCUCCACGAGGUCCUUCCCGACAUCAUGCAAAAAGACGGCGAACCGGCGGCUAUCGUGAGCUCCGCCGGUCAGCUGACCAAGAGUAGCACGUUUGGCGAAGCUGAAGUGGAGGAUAUCACGGCUUGGUAG